AAGCCGUGAGUGCCGCGGAGACCGCACCGGUACCGGCACCGCCCCGAUGUGAGCGGGGCAUGGCCGCGGGGCAUGGCCCGGGGCGGGCGGCGGCGGGCGCGGAGCGCCGGCGGUGAAGAUGGAGCCGCGUCCGCCUGGGACCGAGCCCCCGCUGCCCCGGGGGCCGGGACCGGGGCCCGAGCCAGAGCUGGAACCGGAGCCGGAGUUGGAACCAGAACCGGAGCCAGUGCUGGACCUAGAACCCGAGCUGGACCUGGAACCGGAGCCGGACCUGGACUUGCAACGGGAACCGGAGCCGGAGCUGGGACCAGAACCGGAGCCAGAGCUGGACCUGUACCCGGAGCCGGAACAGGAGGAGGCAGAUCUGAGCCCGGAGCCGGAGCUGGAACAGGAGGCAGAGCUGGGCCCGGAGCUGGAUCUGGACCUCUGGGCCCUUGAUGCCGCCGCUGCCGGCGCGGAGCCGCCGCCCUGGUCCCCGGGGCAGGCCGGGGACAGCCCGGGCCCGGAGGGCUCCGCCGAGCCCCCGCCCGAGGAGGAGCCGCGCCUCCGGCCGGUCUUCGACGCCCUGGACCGCGACGGCGAUGGCUUCGUGCGUGUGGAGGAGUUCGUGCAGUUUGCCACGGCCUACGGCGCCGAGCAGGUAAAGGACCUAACAAAAUACCUGGAUCCCAGUGGGUUGGGAGUUAUCAGCUUUGAAGAUUUCCAUCGGGGCAUCAGAGCCAUCAGAAAUGGAGACCCUGACAGCCAGCUGUAUGAUAUGGGAUAUACCCCCGAGGAGGAAGCCCCGGCCUGCCCCGAUGAGUUUGAUGAUUUCGUCACGUUUGAGCAGGCAAAUGAGGUGACUGACAGUGCCUACAUGGGCUCAGAGAGCACCUACAGCGAGUGUGAGACCUUCACAGAUGAGGACACCAGCACCCUGGUGCAGCACGAGAUGCACGACGAGGUGGAGACCGACAGCGCCAUCGACUCCGCCGUGCACUCGGAGUUCACCGAUCCCAUCGAGGAGCCGGAGCAUGGGUCCCACCCCCACGAGCUGGCCCUGGGCUCCGAGCUCAGCCCCUCCAUUGUCACCGUCAUCAGCGGGGAGGAGCAUUUCGAGGAUUACGGGGAGGGCAACGAGGCCGACCUGUUCCCAGACCCUUUGUGUAAUGGGGAAAGCAGCUUUGGCAGCUCCUCCUUCCUCUCUCCCAGCACCAAUCCCCUCGCUGCCAAACUGCACAGCAUUCUCGCAGAUGAAGCUUUUGAGUUUUACUGUAGCCAGUGCCACAAACAAAUCAACCGCCUCGAGGAUCUCUCUGCUCGCCUCAAUGAUCUUGAAAUGAAUAGUCCCAAUAAAAGACUUUCCAGCAAGAAGGUGGCAAGGCAGCUGCACCAGACGAGCUCGCUGGCAGUGGGGGUGAUGGAGGAAUCCUACCGGGAGAGCCUGGAGUGCACCGACGAGGACAUCACCGACAAGGUGGUGUUCCUGGAGAAGCGGGUGACGGAGCUGGAGAAGGACACGGCUGCCAACGGGGAGCAGCACAGCCGCCUCCGGCAGGAGAACCUGCAGCUGGUGCACAGAGCAAAUGCACUCGAGGAGCAGCUGAAGGAGCAGGAGCUGAGGGCUGACCAGACCCUGCUGGAGGAGAUCAAGAAGCAGAGGGAGCUGCUCAGCAAAAUGGAGAGGGAGAAGAGCAUAGAGAUCGAGAACCUGCAGGCCAGGCUGCAGCAGCUGGAUGAUGAGAACAGCGAGCUGAGGUCCUGUGUCCCCUGCCUGAGAGCCAACAUCGAGAGGCUUGAGGAGGAGAAGCAGAAGCUGCUGGAUGAGAUUGAGGACCUCACUGUGCAGCUCACAGAGGAGCAGGAGAAAAAGAGGAAGAUGGGGGACAAGCUGAGUCAGGAGAGGCACCAGUUCCAGAAGGAGAAGGAGUCAACACAGGAGCUCAUUGAGGACCUCAGGAAGCAGCUGGAGCACCUGCAGCUCUUCAAGCUGGAGGCCGAGCAGCGCCGGGGCCGCAGCAGCAGCAUGGGGCUGCAGGAGUACAACAGCAGGACACGGGAGACUGAGCUGGAGCAGGAGAUCAAGCAGCUCAAGCAGGAUAACAGGAACCUGAAGGAGCAGAACGAUGAGCUCAAUGGGCAGAUCAUCAACCUGAGCAUCCAGGGAGCCAAGAACCUGUUCUCAGCCUCCUUCUCUGAGUCCCUGGCAGCCGAGAUCAGCUCUGUCUCCAGAGAUGAGCUCAUGGAAGCAAUCCAGAAGCAGGAGGAGAUCAACUUCCGCCUGCAGGAUUACAUCGACAGGAUCAUCGUGGCCAUCAUGGAGACCAACCCCUCCAUCCUGGAGGUCAAGUAGUGCAGCCGGGAGGAUUUGGUGCUCUGAGAGGAUGAAGAGGGACUCCAAACGUCUUUGCACUUGAUGAAGGCACAAGGAAGCCUCAGGUCGGGGAGUGACUGAGCCGCGGACCAGGGAAAAGGAAAAGCAGCAGGCAGGCUUUGUUGUCUGACUGCGUUAUUUUGAAGCCCUCCUGGCUGUGGAGGGGUGAAAGGGAACCUGGAGAAGGAGCUCAGGAAAGGGACACGGCAGGAAGUGCCUGUGGCGCUGGGGACUGUCCCGACAGGCACCGCCCCUCCGAGGGACACGGCGAUGGAAGCGGCAGCGCUGACUUUGCCCCGCUGUGCCAAAGUGUCCCUGACACACCCACCGGGCAGAGCCAGGGUAGCGCCUCCCGGACUCGCACAGGGUUGGGGUUUGCUUUUGGUUUGGGGUUUUGGUUUAUUUUUUAAUUAACUUAAUGCAAAUGGCCUCAUCCAGCUGGCUCAGCCCAUCCUUGCCCCGUGCUCGGGCUGCGUGCAGAGCCCGCGGGGCAGCCCGGGGCUCUCGGGGACAGGGCGUGAGCACACUCGCCUGCACCACCCCAGCCCUCCCUCCCUGCUCCCCUCCCUGCCCCGAGGCCGCGGGAAGAAGCCACGUAAUGUACAUUUCCAGAGAAGCUUUGGGUGUAAAUCAGUGUAUACUUGGAGAGGGAAAAUUUUUCUAUCUUGUAGAGUAGGUAUUUUUAUAGAAUGAAGGUUGAUCCAUUUUUUUAAUACUUUAAAAGAAGAGAGAAAUGUAUCUGUGUAUACACAAAAGCAUAUAUAUAUAUAUAUAUAUGUAUAAAUAUAUAAAUAUUGGAGAUCUGCCUUUCUCGACUUGGGAUCCUGGAUCCCCAGGUCUCAAACAAUCGUUUGUUUUUUCCUGUCGCUCUCACAGAGGUACUGUAACUGUAAAUAAGCACCGGGGAAAAAAAAAAAAGUUUUAAGCAAACAAAAAGCACUGACUUGCACAUUCACCAUGCUUUAAAGUCCCUAUGGAGAGAGAAAAACAAAAACAAAAACAAGACAAAAACUGUACAUCCUGAAAAUGUUCCUCUUUCCCAACCGCUAUGUGAAGGAAGUCCCCCCAAAAAGAGGCAAAAAUGGUAUUGUCUUAACUGAUGUAUCAAUUCUUGUCGGAUUAAAAGCUGUUACUAUUCCUGC